AUGGAUUAUUAUUAUCAGUAUUAUAAAAAUGAAAUUUUGAAAUAUCAUGAUAAAAUAAUUUCUAAAAUUAAAGACAAAAUUAAAAAUAAUGAAUAUACAAAGGGAAAAACUAAAUCACAAUUUAAACAAUUGAAAGAUUUCAAAAAUAAAGUAUUAACAGAAGAAGAUAUUGAUGAAUUAUAUAAAUUAUAUAAUCCCGAGCCGCAAAAGCCAAAGGAACAAAAGCCAAAGAAGAAAAAGCCGAAAACAACACCAAAAGAGAAAGUAGCAAAUGUUCAACAGCUAAAGGUGCAAAACGCCCAGGUCCUUCAGACCAUAAAUGAUGCACAAGCUUUAAUUUAUGAUUCAUUAGUUAAACCAUAUUCAGCCCGACUUUUAAAUGAAGAUCAACUUUUGGAAUUCAUCCUUCAACAUAAACUCGAAGCGGGAAAGUAUAUCAAACCUUUAUAUACAGCAUAUUUAAAACAAAUGAAUAGAAUACAUCCAGAAUUAAUGAAAGGAGGAAUGAAAUCCAAAACUUCAUCAUCCAAAAUCAAAGCAGAUAAAAUUAAAUCACUUGCAAUACCAAAACCUCCAACAGUUGUACCUCCUCCUCCUUCAGUUAAUCCUUCAUCAGUCACUUUAUUAUAUCCAUUUCAAACAUUAAAGAAGCAAAAAGAUUUUAAAAAGGAUUUCAAGAUAUUAAAUAAACCAAUUGACCCAAAAAUUCAACCGUUAAAGGAAAAAUUUAGUCGACCUUCAUUUGCUCCAUAUCCAUAUUCAUACGAAAUCGAUCAUCUGGAAUAUUCAAAAGGAAACGUUACUUAUUUAUUUGCCAUUAACAUUAACACUAGAUAUUUAUAUUGCAUUCCGGUGAAAGGGAAAACAGAACAGGAAACAAGAAGAGCUAUUCAAUACUUACUAGAUCAUGAAAGAGUAGAUAAUAUCAGGGGUGAUGGUGAUAAAGGAUUUCAGGCAGCUAUAACUCAUUAUUUCCCACAAAUUAAUUUUUACUUUUCAUCCUCUCCAUAUACGUUUCAUAAUAAAAUAGUUGAUGCGGUAAUGAGAACUCUUAGAGAUGCGUUAGGGGUUAACGGUCAGAUAUACUGGGAUGGAAAUCAUGACUCCAUCAUACAGCAGUUAGUAUAUUAUUACAAUAAUACAUGGCAUAGAACUAUAAACAUGAAACCAGUGGAAAUGAAAAAUGAUAUUUCAAAAGAAUGGGAAUAUAUUAGAAAGCAAAUGGAAAGGUUAAAUGAUGUUAAAC